AUGUUUGCUUUGAAAAUCGUCCUAAAUAACUUAGGAAUUAUAAAGCUUGUUAGUAUUCAUCAAUUUGAUGCCUUAACCCAGCCUAUUGCAUUUGAAUUGAAUUGGAAAAAUGUGUACAUAUCAGAAUCGUGUUUAUCAUUUUAUAAAGAUCUGAAUUUUGUGGCCAUAAACAGAACAUCGUUAAUAUUUCAAGAGCAUAAUAUUCGCCUUUUGAACAAAGGGACCAAAAAAGAAGAAAAAAAGUGA